AUGGGCACCACGGCGGAGCUGCCGCUGCCCGCCGGGCUCAGCGCCAGCACCUUCCCCGCCAAGCUGUGGCGCCUGGUGAACAGCCCCCGCGUCCGCUCCGUGCGCUGGGACAGCCGGGCCCGGGGACUGCUCAUUGACCGCUCCCUCUUUGAGCGGGAGCUGCUCAGCCCGGGCGACGCCCAGGGGUCGGCCUCGCACACCUUCAGGGCCACGCAGUUCCGCAGCUUCGUGCGCCAGCUCUACCGCUACUGUUAUGAACACUACGGCUUCCACAAGGUGCCGGGCUGGGUUGGCUCAGCUGCGCCGGGCGAUGCCGGGGCCUGGCUCCACUACAGCAACCCCUGCUUUCGCCGCGACCGCCCCGACCACCUGCUCCGCAUCAGGCGCCGGAGCGCGGCCAACAGGCAGCGGCCGGCGGCGGGGCAGGAGGGCCGCAGGCGCCCGCCCUGCGGCUCCCAGCAGCUCCCCGGGGCACGGCCGCUGCCGGACGGGGACCGGCCGGUGCCAGCCCGGCGGGAGGGGCCGAGCCGCUUCCGGGAGCUGUAUGGGGAGCAGCCGCUGCCCGCCGAGCGGGAGGUGCUACGGGUCCCGCCCUGCGAGUUGCUCGCUUUCCACGGGGAGCCGCUGCUGCCGCUCGGGCGGGAGGGGCCCCGCAGCCGCUUCCAGGAGCUCUGCGGGGGGCAGCUGCCUCCGAUCGACCGGGAGGUGCUCAGGAUCCCGCCCUGCAGCUUCCAGCAUCUCCACAGGGAGCAGCAGCCCCCAGCCUACGACCCACGAGCCACCUCAGACACUUCAGCCCCCAGCGCUCCAUCUAGCAGUGCAGGCUGUGCAGCAUCGAUGGCCUCCAGCUCAGCCUGGAAUGCACCUGAGGAAAAGGAAUGGCCACCGGUGGAUCUUGGCUUUGCUGUAGAGCAAAUGAUCCAGGAGAUCAGGAGAUCCCUGCCUGAAAGGUCUCCCUCUGCUCAGGGCAAUAUUAAUGUUGCCCCUGAGUCUUCAGGAGGGGAGCCUGUGAACCGGGCUGCAGCAGAGGAAACUUCAUCAGGCACGGAGAGCUGCGGGAACAGUUCCCCAGAGCCCGAGGAGCUUGAUCCCGUGUGAUCAGCUUCUCCAGGAGGGCUGCCCUUUGUGGCAGGAAGAGACAGAGGGAGA